AUGAGCACUGAGACCGGCGGCCGCCGUCUGGUGCUCUGCUUCGAUGGAACCGGCAAUCGGUACAAGGGCAACGAGUCCGACACCAACGUCGUCAAGAUCUAUGAGAUGCUAGACCGUCAUGACAAGAAGCAAUACCACUACUACCAGCCUGGCAUCGGGACGUUCAGCACAGGGACCAGCGGCUCCGGCUUGACCUGGUUUGGACGAAUGCGCGCAAGCACAAGCCAGCUCGUCGACCUGGCCAUUGGCAAAACGUUUGAAUACCAUGUAUCCUGCGGCUACAAGUUCUUGAUGAAGUACUAUGAACCCGGCGACGACAUCUACAUUUUCGGCUUCUCCCGCGGCGCCUACACCGCACGGUUCCUGGCCGAGAUGAUCGAGAGGGCUGGUCUGCUCUCCCAGGGAAACGAGGAGAUGGUGCGGUUCGUGUUCGCGUCCUUUAGCGAGGUGCAGAACGCGAGGGGGAAGAAGGUGAAGACGCCGCUGGAGCUGGAGCAUGAGGAGUACCUGCAAAAGUUCAAGCGGACCUUCUGCCGCCCGGAUGUGCGCGUCCAUUUUCUCGGUCUGUUUGACUGCGUGAACAGCGUUGCGCAGUUUGAGAUUCCGUUCAGGCGGCAAUCCUAUCGAUAUAUAGCACAGUCUCCGGCCAAACACAUUCGCCAUGCCGUCUCUAUCCACGAGCGUCGCCUCAAAUUCAAACCAGCGCUGUUCGCGUACGACGAACAGUCACUGCAUGCCGAUAUCAAAGAGGUCUGGUUUGCCGGGAACCACUGCGACGUCGGUGGAGGAUUCCGAUACGAAGGCAACUCGAAGCAUCUCCUAUCCGACGUCUCGCUCGCGUGGAUGGUGGACGAAGUCAACAAGCUGGAGGACGCACCGGCGGGCAAGCUGGCCUUCCAGCAGAGCAUCCUCGAAGGGCUGGGACAUAACAUUUCCUUUGGUGGGAUCAUAGGCAAAGUUUCUCCCCCAGACAAAACCACCAGAGCCAAAAAGCCAAUGAAAGCUAAUUUCUGGGUUCUAGAAAUCCUCCCAUUCUUCACCCGUCUCGAGCUCGAACACGGUGAAUGGAACCCGCGCUACUGGCCCCCCAACUUUGGAGCUGCACGGGACAUCCCUCGCGACGCGGCGAUCCAUCCGUCGGUGGAGAGGAUGUUCAAAGCGGGCUUGCUGCAGGAGAUGCCCAGGCUCGGCGGGGACGAUGCGCCGCUGCUCAAGGAUCCUCUGGUUGUGUUUCGCGUUUUGGCGCCGUGGAAGUGGCAGUUUAAGAAAUCCGGUGGUGGUGCGUAA